GCAACAAGUUUUUCGUUUUUAUUGCGUGAGAGUUUCUCGGCUUUUAAAAAAUAUGUUACAGUACGAUCCUGGGUCCGGUGUAAGCGGAAAGGUUUAAGAGAUUUCAUUUGCUUCCCUGUGGCGCAAUUCUCUGAAUAAGCGUGUGGUACAUUGGAGUUGUCGCUAACAGUGUAUCCGGUUCCCACGUUUCUUGGUGGUUUCAUUUGAGGCUUGGAAAUCGGAAAGUAAGCAGAGCGGGCGGAAGUAAUUGCUCAGUGAGGGAAAGCGUGAGCCACAGUGAAGGUCGGAAACCAUGGCAUGAAGGAGAGAGAGUAGAGACAGAGACUUUUUCUUCGAAUCCGCAAAAACUGCAGUUUUUUUUUGUUGAGUCCAAGAACGUCAGUUGCUCAGAGUCACACUUUGAAACUGUCAAAAUAGAUCAUAGGCUUGGCGAGUGAGCAGCUUGUUUCCUACAGCGAGAUACGCAAAUGGAGAUAGCGCUGGUGUAUCUGCUGGUUGCGACUAUAUCGGUUGUUACUGCUAGCAUUAACUUAAGCGAUUGCCCGCGAAGAUGUCAAUGUGUUAGCACCACUAUACAUUGUAAUGCACGAGGCUUACGUAGAUUUCCAGGUACUUUACCAAGGAACGCAGUAACUUUGCUCAUCGAAGAGAACAGGAUAAGUUCGGUGAGUUUUAUGUUGAUUUUUAACAAUUUAAAUACACUUAAGCACUCAAUACUGUUUAAUCUAAACCGAUUUCAAAUUUCUUCCCAGCUCCCGCCACUGAACAGCACACAUCUGCAUACAGUUAUCUUACAAAACAACAAGAUUUACAAUCUGCAGCUGAAAGUUUUCCGUGCAGCAAGAAACAUUAACUUUCUUAACUUAGCAAACAACAGACUUCGGGUGAUUCGCAAUGGAGUAUUAUCCCAACUUAGUGGGUUGGCGUUGCUCAACUUGGGACAUAACAACAUUACAAGAAUCUUCGCUGGUGCGUUUGCUGGCUUGUCCCAUCUCAGUGACUUGUAUCUGCACAACAACCGCAUUACAAGCAUCCCGCAAGGGUUAUUCACGUCCCUUGUUAAUCUAAAGCAGCUCCGACUCGACCAAAACAGGAUUGUAAGAUUGACAGAUGACACAUUCCUUCGACAAACGUUCUUGAUUUCGUUAAAUCUUGCAAAUAACAACCUUCGCCGAAUCACUUCCGCCACAAUGCGUGGGAUGGCGAGUUUGCAGAAGUUGUUGCUUAGCGGGAAUCAGAUUCAAAGCCUGGAUUCCAACAUCAACCCGCCGGACACAGACUGCGCCAAGUUGACGAACGUGUCUCAAGAGGUCCCGCGGGACAGGACCGUAAGACCAUGCUUCUAUUACAACAAGAACCUUCAGUAUAUUGAUCUUAGCAACAAUUCGUUGUCGACCGUUCGACUUCUUACAUUUUCCAGACUCCGGAUGCUAAGUAAAUUGUCAUUGGAUAACAACCAGUGGAGGUGUGAUUGCUUCCUGGUCUGGUCGCUGCUGCAGUUGCAACGCUUACACGACGACAAAUUGGCAAUGGGCGCCAUGAGAUGCUGGGAACCGGCGGGCUUGGAUGGAGUCCCGAUCGACCAGUUUACGGAGCACGACCUCGCCGUACUGCCAGGUCAACCUCCACCCAGAGUCGUCAAGUCUGGUCUUUUUGUUGUUUCGAAUGAGACCACAAGGCAGGGAACGGUAAUAGAACAACGACAUACGCCGAUCGAAGACAUUUAUCGCAGUCACGCAACCAAUAAUCCCACUAGAACCGUGAACACGUCGCCAAGCUCAGAGUUGGCAGGAAAAUCCAAACUUCACCUUACAACGACCUCUACAAUGCUGCCCGGCUUGGCCAGCGUUGCCGAAUUGGCCGUCGUGUCGACUGAGUGGCGCCCAACGGCGAAAAGACUUCCUCUCGACAUGGCGCUGCAGCCUGCGACUGAACAAGCAGUCGGGGCGAGACUGGAUGACGCUCACGCAGGUACACACGUGACCAAAGCGUCCAAUCCGCGCCCUGGAAUACACAGCAAGACAGAAAUAGAACGUGACGUAAGAGUCAAUGACGAGAGCCCAACGCAGAAAUCCCGGUUCUCAGAGCAAGACAUGAAUGAUGAUACGGAUUCGUUCAAUGUCCCAAGCUAUGCAGGUGAUGAAACCGUGUAUAGAACAAGACAAGACGGCGUAAUGUCGUGGCUUCCUGUGGCUGGAAUGUUCUCACUUGUGUUUAUAGUUUCUAUAUGCGGGGCAAUGGUUCUCAAGUGGCAGUUUAACCCACAGUCUGAAAAGUGCAGUUGCUGUACUGGUCACCGUGAUGUAAGCCGUCAACACACAUCAGAAUCUAUUAGGUCAAUAAGCAACUACCCAUUGCUGUACGAUAACCCGCUUGCACGACGGCCUCUACCACGACAACCUAUAAUGUCAACUUCUGAGCAAGCAAGGGCUGUGAUGAACGACCAUAGUGGACGAGUAGAUGUUCGGUGGACGAACGGCGGCUCAUUUGGUCUCGGUUAUGAUUCUAAUGGAGUAAAGGGGCGACUUACGUCCAAGUCAGCCACCGAGUCCGGUUCACCACCGAUGAUACCGCCUCGCGACCCAAUGAAUGCUCGGAGCUGGGAUGACAAGUUUACAGAUCGAAAUAGAAGGACGGCUGGGACACCUAACCACCGACUUUCGGCAUCGUACCCUAGUAAUGCGAUUUGGAAUCCAGACUCUGGGAAACGGCAGUUAAGACAGACACUGUCUGUAGAUGACGCGCCGUGUAAAAUCAGCGAACAAUGUCUGAACCUUGGUAAUGGUUUUAUUGAUGUAUGCGAUGAUGAAGAUGAUGCGAGGCUGGAAAGAAUUCAUUCAGAGAAAAUCCGCUCCGGACCAAAGAAGAAAUCUAGCAGAAGGAAACGACGAAAUCGUCCAGAAAGCAUGAUCUGCGCUGAGAGUAGUAAUCCUGCGAAACGCUUGUCGAACAAUUCUGAAAGAAAGGCCCCAUGCGCAUCCGCGCCAGUUAGUAGACAUAACAGCAACAUAUCUACCGCCACCUACCGGGUUUCAAAACGAGGUAAACGUGACCGCGUGGCUGAGCAAAUGCUGGAAGCGUUGCAAGAGAUUGAAAUAGCAAGACGAAACAGCAACGCCACAGAACUGAAUGGUGGGCCGCACUUAAACAAAUGCGCCGAGCAAAAAUUUACUAGACCUGGUAUAGAGAAUAUUAUACAUAGCCAGGAUAUAAACAGCAAAGAAAUUGGUAUGUUAAAUUCGGCAGGGCCUCGUAGACUGUCUCGUGGGGCAUCCGCACGUUUCGCAAGAGAGAAACAGCAUAAACAAUCUCUUGAUUCUUUCUGUCCCAAUUCCAGGCCUGCUGAAAGAUGUAAUUGUAGUCGACAUUGCCGAAGCAGAAGUUUUCGUUCUCGGUCUGCUUUACAUAUAUCGGACGUGGACUUUGAGUUCCCACCACCACCACCUUGUGCGUUGGUACGACAUACUGAGGAUGCUCAAGCUAGUUCUAUGGAGCCAUCAGGGACCUCUGAUCAAGAGAGUGAUGUUGCGGAAAAUGGUAGCUACAACAACGACUAUUCUAUGUUGUCAAUGUGCACCAGUGGAAUCGUAGAGAAAGACAGCACCCAUGAGAAAGAGUGUAAGAAAGAAAGUACAAGAGUCCUGGAGGAACAAUAUAGAUCCACUUCUAAGCACAACUCUAUGUACAGAAGGAAGGACAGUACGGACUCAAUGUUUGUUGGCAUUGACAGUGCUCCUGAAACUCGCAGUCUGUCAGACAGUGACAAUGAAAGUACCCAGUUUUCAGCAAACACUCAUGAGGACACAAGGAAAAACAGGGAACCUCUAAGCGUUUGCAGAGUAGAAAAAUCGCUUGCCGGCAAUGAGUACCGGUUUGCGGACGGUGCCGCUAAUGAAAAAAACUAUUUGUACGCCGGGAAUAACUUUCUACUUGGUAGCAACCGGCUAUCAAGGCUUGACCUUUCUCUUUCUGAAUCAAGUUCCGAAUGCUCUGUUGCUGCAGACGUCAGAUCCUCAGAAAUCGUACGCAGUCGUUCCUCCUCUGUAGGCUCCACUGUUACGAUUAAACCGACAGUAGACAACAGCACCAAUACCCAGCAAGCAAAAGUAUCUGGCAAAGUUGUCACGAAGCAGAGCACAACCGAUAGUGACGGUUCAGAGAGUGCGUCAUCUUUUGAAAUGUGUCUAACCAUGCAUGACUUUAAACCUGAAACUUUCAUUCAAAAUGAAACUACGAAUGAAGAACAGGAAGAGUCAACGUACCAGUCACUCCAUCUUAUGUACUCCGGUCAUUUACCAGAAACGGAGGAAAAUAAUAUCAAAAGCGUCAUCAGCGAGUCGAACUCAAGUAUAGACACGACAAGUUCCAACUCAAAAGUCGAAGCCAUGAUAACCGAAGCAAUGGUCGGCAAAAAACGAUGUUAUUUUGACGUAGUCGAGUCGUCGGCUGAUGACGUAUCAACCGACAUAGAAAUGUUUGAUUUAGGAACUAUGUAAACUAUUUGGGUGAACUUUUGAAUUUAUAUUUUAAGUUUUAAAGUAUUUUACCGACUAAUUUCAGUAUUGCGACAAAACUUUGAAUUCUUGCAUAGUUUACUGUGUAGAGUAUUUUUAGCAACUAUGUUGCACGUAUGCCUAUUUUUACCGUACGUAGUAUGGUAUAAA